AUGGACCUGCCUCCAGUGAAUCAGCGAAUUCCACCAACCCAGCAUCGAACUCGAUCUCUUGAUGCAGGGAAUUCAAGAAUAAAUACUGAUGAGUUUGAAGCUCUUCUCCCAUGGGCUACAGCCCUCGAGCCACUUUCACUCAAUCUCGAAGAAAGUUUUCAAGUGUUGAGAAAGAAGGAUCACACAUGCAACUUUGCAUUCUUCAAGUCUGGCAAAAAGACAUGGGAAAGGGACAUAAGCAAUCGCAUGAGCGAGGUCAGCGACGGUGAUUGUCGAAACGGCCCAGUUGCAAUCCGGGAAGAUCCCAACAGUACUGGGCAGUCUCCCCCAAACUGGAUGCAAACACUAGCCCGGUUUCAUAAAGGCCACUUCAGGCGUUCUGGGGGGGGCGACCCAGCGAACUAUUACCAAGGCUCUGUGAAUGGAUUUCUAGUCACGCUCACCAGGCCCCAGUGGGAUCUUAUGAGAUUAUACGAAGAUGACUUCCUUAUACUGGUGGACAGUGAUCGGACUAAAGAGAUGAACGCUAUGGGUGACGAAAUGGACCAAGUGUAUCAGUAUAUCGAAAAUUGCAAGGCCCAUGUCGCAGAUGCAACCCUUUAUCUCGAAGAACUCAACGAAAGAUACAGAUUAUUCGAUGGUAUGCCAGGAAGAGACGUUAAGCUUUCUGUUUAUGCAGAGCAGUCCCUGUCAACCCCUUCCCUCACUAUGGGUGAUAUACAAUCUUUGAUUGACAAUGGGCACAGUGAUGAGGUAUCAUGCGAAAAAUCACCCCAAUGGACAUUUUUCCAACCCGUCGUGGACAUUCAACCAAACCGCCAGAUAUCCAGGGAACGUUUGAGCCACACACCAGUGAGUAUGCAAGGGCAAAUGACACAGGAGUUGAUGGAAAGUGUACUCUCAACCGAGGACUCUGCUAUGUGUAGCACUGAGCAUGCACUGACAGACACACCACCACGUGAAACAAAUACUCUAUCCGCAACCCAAGAUCUCGCAUCCCAUGUGCCUGAUCUUCAACUACAGAUCUCAACUCCAACUCCAAGCCCAAGCGACGAGUCUCCUGUAUCUUCCAUAGAGUUUCCACAUGACGCCAUCACCUUUGCAGUGCCAGUCAAAGCCAUACCAACAGGCUUGAGGCUUAGCACGCCUAUUUCUACCCACGAGAAUCCUGUGCCAAGAACUCCAGCAGAGAAGAAGUAUGGGCUUGCUUUUACCUCAAAUCUCAGAAGCCAGGGAGUGAGCUGGCCCGAAAUUAGGAUACAUUGGAAAGUGAGGUUCCAUGUUUGGCGAACCGAAGCAAGCCUCAGAUAUCUUUGGAGCCGCGCGAAGACACUUGUGAAAAAAGAUAGAAGUGGCAAUUUGAUCUUCAAGGUUCCAAAGACAACGCUACGCAAGCUGAAAGGUGACAGCCGUUCGCCAGCGGUGGCGGGGAGAGAAAAAUAG